AUGCCACAACACGUCAUCCUAGAACUUAAACUAUUUGAUGUGUGGGGGAUUGAUUUCAUGGGACCAUUCCAAACCUCAUACUCAAAUAAAUAUAUCUUGGUGGCAGUGGACUAUGUAUCAAAAUGGGUAGAAGCAAUUGCAACUCCAACAAAUGACAAUAAGGCAGUGAUGAAUUUUCUUAGAAAGAACAUCAUUAGCCGAUUUAGGGUGCCCAGAGCAGUUAUCAGUGAUGGAGGAAGCCAUUUUUGCAACAAACCAUUAGAGACUCUCCUUCUAAGAUACGGAGUAAAACAAAAGGUUGCAACACCUUAUCACUCCCAUACAAGUGGGAAAACAAAUAUAUCCAACAAAGAGCUCAAAAUGAUCCUAGAAAAGACUGUGGGAGCUUCAAGAAAGGACUGGUCAAAAAAGCUGGAUGAUGCUCUCUGGGCAUACAGGACAGCCUUCAAGACACUAAUUGGGAUGUCCCGAUAUCAAUUAGUUUAUAGGAAGGCUUGUCAUCUGCCACUAGAGCUUGAACACAAAGCUUUCUGGGCUCUUAAGUUACUAAACUUUGAUAGCUAUGCUACAGGUGAAAGAAGGAUCUUGCAACUGCAAGAAGAAUUGGAAGAAUUCAGGUCCCAAGCCUAUGAAAAUGCCAAAAUCUACAAAGAAAGGGCUAUGAAAAAGCAUGAUCUCAAUGUGGCACCAAAGACCAUUGAUGAGGGAUAG